UCCUUCGUCUCCUCGACUCUUGUUUCCGUAUAUGUAUCCGUCCCCUUAAACCCUCCAUCUUCACCUGAUACCCUAGAAGCUCUACUAAAACCCUAAUCAAACUAGUAUGCUCCGAUCACUACGAUUCAUCUCCCCACAAUCUCCACCGCCCACCCGCUUUUUCUCGUUCCUACACUUCUCCUCCGCGUCCAAACCCACAGAACAACAGACCCCAAAUCAACUGCACCAGGAAGAAGAAGACGCCAUCUUCCACAUCAUCAACUCCUCCUCCUCCCCCGACUCCAUGAUCCUCUCCCUAAACUCCCUCUUCAUUCCCCUCUCCAACUCCCUCGUCGACCGCGUUCUCAAACGCGUUCGCUUCAGCCAUGGAAACCCCCUCAGAACCCUAGAUUUCUUCACCUUCGCCGCCAAUCAAUCCUCCUUCUCCCACACCCCUUUCUCCUACGACACCAUGUUUUACAUCCUCGGCCGCAGCCGCCGGUUUCUCGAGAUGUGGUCCCUUCUCCGCGAAAUGAAGAAGAGAGAUCCGAUUUCGAUCACCGCGAGAACGAUUCAGAUCGUUCUCGGCCGGAUCGCAAAGGUCUGUUCCGUCCGUCAGACCGUCGAGAGCUUCCGCAAGUUCCGGCGACUGGUUCCGGCGUUCAACACCGACUGCUUCAACGCGCUGCUGAGAACCCUGUGUCAGGAGAAGAGCAUGACUGAUGCUCGAAACGUUUACCAUGGAUUGAAGCAUGAGUUCAAACCUAAUCUCCAGACCUUCAACAUCCUCCUCUCCGGCUGGAAGUCGCCGGAAGACGCCGAAGCUUUCUUCAACGAGAUGGCGGAGCUCGGGGUGAAGCCGGAUUUAGUUUCCUACAACUCUCUGAUCGAUGUUUACUGCAAGAACAGACAGAUGUCCAAAGCAUACAAGGUAUUCGACGAAAUGCGUGAGAAGGAUUUUGCGCCGGAUGUUAUAACCUACACCAGUAUCAUCGGUGGCCUCGGCCUCGUCGGCCAGCCGGACAAGGCCAGGGAGGUGUUGAAGGAGAUGUGGGAGAUGGGAGGCCAAUGCCGCCCCGACGCUGCUGCCUACAAUGCAGCGAUACGGAACUACUGCAUUGCAAAGCGGCUCGGCCACGCCUUCGCGCUGAUGGAGGAGAUGGAGGGCCGGGGGCUCCCGCCGAAUCCGACGAGCUAUAACCUCUUCUUUCGAUGCUUCUACUGGGCGAACGAUCUGGAGAGUGCGUGGCGGCUUUACAGGAGGAUGAGGAAGCAGGGGUGCUUGCCGAACACGCAGUCCUGUAUGUUUUUGGUGAGGAUGUGCAGGAGGAAGGAGGAGGUGGGGAUGGCAAUGGAGCUAUGGAGGGAUAUGGUGGGGAAUGGAUUUGGGUCUUUGGUGUUGGUUUCAGAUGUUUUGUUUGAUUUGUUGUGUGAUUUGGGGAAGUUGGAUGAGGCUGAGAGGUGCUUUGUGGAGAUGGUGGACAUGGGGCAGAGGCCGAGCUUGUUGGCGUUUAGGAGGAUUAGGGUUCUUAUGGAGCUGGCCAAGAGGGAAGAUUGUAUCAGGAAUUUGGAGGAGAAGGUGGGAGGUUUUGGAGCUGUGGUUGAGGUUAAUGAUGAGAGGUUGGAGAGAUCUCAUUCCGAGUUUUUGAAGCUGUGAUGAUUGGUGAGUGUGUGGACUCAUCGGUGGCGGCCGUGUAUUCGUGGACGCGGCAAAACGAGAAGGCAGUGGCAGCGUAUUUGGGGCCACGCCGCGCCGCCGCAAACUAAGAAAAAGAUGAUGAUGUGGAACUCAUGGUGAUGAUGAUGAUGAUGGUUCGAUGGGGUCGAGUUCUAUGAGAGCAAAGCCCUUUGAGAGCUCUUUGACCUCCACGAAGCUUAUUUCUGAGUAAGUUGAAGAGAAAGCUUGCUCGGCUUUGCCGGACGUUGAGGGUAGGAGAGAGUCAUCACUCUUAAGCAGUUCAAAUUGGAAAAAAAACAUCCUCCUAUCACAAAAAUUUUUAGAAGGCAUCAAAAAAAAUUUUGUUCAAAUAAAAAUGUGAUGGCAGAUUGAAGAACAAAAGAGACAUAAAUCUCUGCCAAACAGACCUUUAAUCAUCACAUUGAUUUGAUUUUUUGAUUUUUUUAAGGCGUAAAUCUGGUGGUUGAUAAGGUGUUUGAAUGCUUUGCACAAAAGCAAGAAUCUUUAAGGUGCUUUCACAUGUACUCCACACAAUACUUAUAUUUACAAAUUUAAUAU